GGCCCUUGCUUUGCUGGGGCUGCUUUGUUGGAGUGCUUAUCUUUGGUUUGGUCUUCUUGCUAGAUCUUAGCACUGUGUGUUUUUGUUUUUAAGCCUUGUCUCUGUUGCUAAACUCUGGAUGUAAUUCAAAAUCUUGGCUUGUUUGGCUUUGUCUAUAAGCUGCGUUUUCUGCCCACCCCUGCAGUGCUUAGGUAUUGGGGGACUGCACUAUGUUUAAUAAAAUGUGCUGGGCUACUUCACAGAUCCCAAUGAGUUCUCCUGUGGAGCAGCCCUUCUGUUGCUCUUUUCUGGCCAAGUUGUUUUUGUUUGUAUUCAAGAUCUGUGAGGGAACCACGUAGACAAGUUGAAGCGUGGAGCUCAGGUGGAGUUAAAAGAGAAUUUAGGAUCUACUGUAUAAAUUUUCCAAUAGCUUUCAGGAGGGUUUAUAAAAAAAAAAGUUAAAAACAAAAUAUAGGGAAAUUGGUGUAAGUAAAUGGUUCGCUUUCCUAAUGGACUACCAGAACACCUCAGAAACCUGUUAAUUGAAUCACCAUGUGAAUCUGGAGAGAGCGAGUGGCGAAGUCAGAAGUUGCAGGUGCUAGAGCAAUGUUUUGAAGUAGCCAGUGCCAGAACUGAUAUAUGCCUGUUGGCACAGGUUGUAGGACAGGCACUCAUGCUUCCAAGUGUUUUCUGCAGGAAGCAGCUACUGCUUUAUGCUGUGUAAGUGGCAGAAAGAGGAGUGAGCAGGUUGAGUUGUGAUGGGAAGUUCUUCCUGGUCUUUUCCUGAAAGAUGUCCCACUUGCUUAAAUGACAAACCACUAGAGAGCAGCAUUACAUCAGUACUUCUGUUAUGUACCUAAACAGCUUUGAAAUAAAACAGUGUCAGGGUGAGAUUUGUGGUUUCAGAUCGGAUUGGUUUUCUGAUCAGAUUUUCAGGAACAGGGAAAAUAGAGAUGAGUCUGUCCCAUCUGGUUUGUUGCUUACUCUUUGCUGUGGGAUGAAAUUGAAACUAAAUAAGCAUCACUAGGUAUGUGAUAAACAGGAAUUAUUAAUAAACAGGAGUGAUAAAGCAUUUGGCAGCUCAAGGGCAGUAUGGCUAAGAAGGACAAAAGUCAAAAGAUGGUGCAAGAGGAAGGGCACACAGGAGAAAGAGUGCAAUUUACAGUCAGGAAAAUGGAUAAAGCAGCAGUAACUCUCCUGACUCAGGAGUUACUCCGGACUGUAGUCUGCAACUGGAGCCAAUAAGCUUGUCCCAACUAAGCUAACCACGGCUUUGAGAAGUGAGCUGCGGAGCAGAGAUCAUCUCAGAAGCUUGAAGAUGAAGUGCUUUCUUCUGCCAACUCAAUUUGCAGUUCUCUAUAGCUUUGUUCUAACUAAACCUGUCCAGAUAGCUACAAGAAACAAUGACUUAGGCAGUGAAAUAGCUGUGCAUGAAGGAGACAUUCUCCUAAGAAGAGGACAACGCAGUGCAAUUAACUGUGAGAGCUGUCUAUGGCCCAAGUCACAGGAUGGACUAGUCAAAGUUCCAGUUAACAUCUCCUCUGAUUUCUCAUUGGCAGAGAGAUCUUGGAUUGCUGAUGCUCUACAAGAGGUCUCCACAUUGACCUGUGUCAAGUUUGUAAAUCGCACUACAGAAACAGACUACGUAUAUGUUGAACGUGGACAGAGCUGCUGGUCUUACUUUGGAAAAAUCGGAGGACGUCAAGCAGUAGGCCUGGUGAAAAAUGGCUGUAUGGAUAAAGGAGCGAUUCAGCAUGAAAUGAACCAUGCACUGGGCUUCAUCCAUGAACAGGCACGGAGUGAUCGGGACAAGUUUGUCAAAAUUAUGUGGGAACACAUUACAGCAGGAGAACAAGGAAACUUUGGGAAAGUGAAUUCCAAAAAUCUGGGCCUUCCCUACGACUACUCUUCUGUGAUGCACUAUGGCGCGUAUGAUUUCUCCAGCACUCCUGGGAAGCCAACUAUUGUACCAGUUCCUAACCCUCUGGUACCCAUUGGGCAGAGAGAAGGCCUGAGUAACUUGGAUGUAGCUAAAAUCAAUAAGCUCUACAAGUGCAAUUGCUGUAGCUCUGUAUUGCCAAAAACCAAAGGCUCGUUCUCCUCCAUCAAUUACCCAUCCCCAUACCCAAACAAUAGCAACUGCCUGUGGUUGAUCCGCAUCCGUCGGAAUAAGAUUUUCCUGCAGUUUGAGGCUUUUGAUCUCCAAACCUCCUCAGACUGUUCGUCUGACUACAUAAAAGUUUACAGUGGAAACAGCAAGAACUCUCCUGUCUUGUUGGACAAAUACUGUGGGAAGGGGCCACUGCCUUCCAUUGUUGCUUCGGGAUCAACAAUGCUGGUAGAGUUUGCAAGUGACGAGACCGUUACAGCCACAGGAUUCAGAGCCUCCUACAACAGGGUGAAUUGCGGAGGUACUUUCACAGACUCCAGUGGAGUCAUCAUCUCUCCAAACUACCCCAGUAAAUACCCCAAAAACCGGGCAUGCUUCUGGGUCAUCAGCUCUCCAGUAGGAUACAAGGUAAAGAACUGAUUCUUUCACUGGUUUCAGCGAUGUUCCCUAAUAGAAUCUUUUUUUUUUUUUUUUGCCUUGUA